AUGGGUUGUGCUGUCUCUGUCGAGAGUUUGGAAGCUGCAAAAAGGGAUAAGGAAAUCAAUGAUAUAAUCGAACGCUCCAAAGGUAAAUUCACAUUCCCAGCUUUUGAAAAAAGGUCUUUGAAAAAUCUGAAGUAUGCUAAUUAUGACACUUUCUAUUACCUAUCUCAUAAACCCUAUUUCUCUGAAAUUAUGACUACUACUAUCAUCGCUACCUAUUGCAUACCAAAAGAGCAGAAAAAACGUGAAGCUAAAGUGCUGCUUCUGGGUGCCGGAGAGGCUGGCAAAACGACUGUGCUGAAACAAAUGCGACUGCUGCAUACUCGGAAUGGUGAACCAACAUUCGGAGACACAGAAAGAAAGCAAUUAAAGCGUGUCAUUGCCGACAACAUGAUUGCAAACAUGCUCAACAUUUGUGAUGCUAUGGAGAAACUGUCGAUAGAAUACGGAAGUGAAGAAUGUAAACCCCACAGAACAACACUGGCCGAAUCCGUACAGAAAGGAGAAGGCCUCACCCCCACCAUAGUGCAAGUAAUCAAAUCUCUGUGGAAGGAUACUGGCGUACAAAUCUGUUACUCUCGUUCUAACGAAUACCAAUUACAUGACUCUGCGAAAUACUUUUUUGAUGCGCUGGACCGUGUCUCACCAACUUCAUUUAUACCCACCGACCAAGAUGUUCUUCAAUGUCGUAUAAAGACAACUGGUAUACAAGAACUGGUAUUCGAAGAAGAAAACCUGACACUAAAAGUAAUUGAUGUUGGUGGUCAACGAUCUGAGAGGCGGAAGUGGGUUUCCUGUUUCGAAGGAGUUACAGCCACUAUAUUUUUGGCUGCAGUAUCAGAAUACGAUCAAGUGUUGCAAGAGGAUGAAACACGGGUUGACUUGCUAGAGGCAAAGUACAAUGACAAGGGAAAUGAUUCCAUAGCAGUAUAUUGGCCCGACUACAAAGGAACAACGAUUGAAGCUGCAAUGACUUACUUCAAGACUAAAUUUGUGGAAGUCAAUCGCAAUGAGAACAAAAUGGUCAGUGUCGAUCGUGGUUGA